AUGACGUUGAAAAAGAUAACCCACUUCAAGAUGAGAAAGAUGACAUUGAAAAAGAUAACCCAGUUCAAGAUUUGCAAGAUGACAUUGAAAAAGAUAACCCAGUUCAAGAUUUGCAAGAUGACGUUGAAAAAGAUAACCCAGUUCAAGAUUUGCAAGAUAAGUUUGAAAAAGAUAACCCAGUCCAAGAUUUGCAAGAUGACGUUGAAAAAGAUAACCCAGUUCAAGAUUUGCAAGAUGACAUUGAAAAAGAUAAUCCAGUUCAAGAUGAUUCAAGAUGAGCAAGAGGACAUUGAAAAAGAUAACCCAGUUCAAGAUUUGCAAGAUGGUGUUGAAAAAGAUAACCCAGUUCAAGAUUUGCAAGAUGACUUUGAAAAAGAUAACCCAGUUAAAGAUGAGCAAGAUGACAUUGAACAAGAUAACCCAGUUCAAAAUGAGCAGGAUGACAUUGAAACAGAUAACCAAGUUCAAGAUUUGCAAAAUGACAUUGAAAAAGAUAAUUCAGGUCAAGAUUUGCAAGAAGACGUUGAAAAAGAUGACCCAGUUCAUGAUUUGCAAGAUGACGUUGAAAAACACAACCCAGUUCAAGAUUUGCAAGAUGACGUUGAAAAAGAUAACCCAGUUCAAGAUGAGCAAGAUGACAUUGAAAAAGAUAACCCAAUUCAAAAUUUGCAAGAUGACGUUGAAAAAGAUAACCCAGUUCAAGAUUUGCAAGAUGACGUUGAAAAAGAUAACCCAGUUCAAGAUUUGCAAGAUGGUGUUGAAAAAGAUAACCCAGUUCAAGAUGUGCAAGAUGACGUUGAAAAAUAUAACUCAGUUUAA